AUUUCAAACAAAACCCGCCUUCAGCCAGUCGCAGAGAGCACCGGACUGCCAAUCGAACAAGAGCUCGACACUGCCAUGGGCGACCAACCGACCCAGCCGCGGAUGGCGUCGUCCGUGCUCGAAGGCGUGGACGACGACGUGAUUGUCCUGUGCUCUGGCGCACUCACGACAGUCGCAUCGGCAGCCGCCCUCGUGUGGUGGCUGCAGCGGGGGACUGCUGCGAACGGCGGCGCAGGACGGCGGCGACGGGCGCCCAUCCACCCUCAAGCAGAGCAGGGCGUCCUGCAGGCCAGGGCGAACAUUCUACAGCAUCGCCGACUCAGGCGAGACCAGGUUCACCAUGGCGAGCAUGCCAGCGACGACGAUCCAGACACAGACGCAGACGAGGACGACGACCAUGAUGCGGAUGAGGAUGAUGACCAGAACAACCGGAACUCCGACCGGCCGCCAUCGCAACGAGGAGUGCCUGAGGCGCCGCCACUCAUGCAACGCCAGGGCUCACGACGGUUUCACGAGCAGGACGAUGCAUGUCCCAUCUGUCUGCAGCAAGUGCAGUUUGCAAUCGAGACAAACUGCGGUCAUGUGUUUUGCUCACCAUGCGUGGUCGAGUACUGGCGGCAUUCGGCCCAAAUGCAAGCAAUGCAAUGUCCCAAUUGCCGACAACGCGUCACGCUGCUAUUACCAGAGUUCACGGCGGCCGAGCUGGCCUCUGCUGAAAGUGCACGGCAUCGGCGGCACUUGGAUGAGUACAAUAGAACGUUUGCAGACACUCCAAGAAGCCUACUCGAUCAUCUACGAGAUACACCGCAACUCUUUCGACGAAUCAUUCACGAUCUAUUCACUGGACAGAGCAUCGUACGCUUGCUACGCCUCCGCGCAUUUGUGUGCAUGCUGGUCUGCCUGCUCUACCUGCUGUCGCCGUUCGAUCUCAUCCCCGAGGAGGUAUUUGGAGCGUUCGGCCUGAUUGACGAUCUCCUCGUCAUUUUAUUAAUUCUGGUAUACUUUGGCACCGUUUACCGGGCAGCGGUCGUGCAGCGUCUGGUUCACCAACAGUAAUCCCUUCGUUUUGUCUUCCUUUUUUUUCUUCUUUGGUUCAUACAAAUGUCUUUAUAACGUUUUAAUUCUCGCUGUUCUCCAAAUUCGAAAUGUCAGCACGAUUCAC